GUUGGAAAAAAAUGAAAGAGCGAUAAUUGUUAUUGUUAGCUUGUUAGCUAGCAGACGAACUGGUGAAUGGAGAUAUGACAGAGUAAUAACGUCUUAUUACAUGUGCACGAUUAAGUUAUUACAAACGUAAAGUGGUAUGAGAUGGAGGACGGAAACAGGACUGAUGCUGCUUCCACAUCCAAGAGCCAUGCAGGCUCACUCCACCUGCAGACUCCAAAAAACGAGGACGCCUAUGAAAUUGCCAUCCCCUAUGAAGAGAGCAACUUUGAGCAGCAAGGAUUUUUCAACCAGAGUGAUCAGAAUUUUGAUGAGUCGUCCCCAUCUGCUGGCACGUCUCAAGUAAACAACUCAUACAUGGUGAUCACCAACCUGCGGACCCAGCUACAGAUCUCUCUGGAGAAAAACUCUUGGCUGCAGAAAAGAAUUGAGGACUUGGAAGAGGAGAGGGACUUCCUCCGUUGCCAGCUGGACCGCUUCAUCUUUUCCACAAAGAGCCAGGGACAGGAGCAGAGUCAGAGCCAGUACAGUAACGGCUAUGAAUCCAGACGAUUCAACUGGAGGGUAAGAAGAGAGGAAGAUCGUCCCGUUGAACAGAAGACAGAGUCGCAGCAUUUCCCCUCACGUCAGUUUAUCCAACGAAGGCCUGGUCCUCCAACCAUGGUGCCUUCCAAAAACCAUGUAUCCAGUCCACUAACCAAUCAGCUUGCCUCUAUAAAUGCUUUGUUCAACUCUACACAAUCCCAGGCCCUCUUGCAAGGCCAUAGCCAUAGUACUCCUAAUACCACAGCCAGUGGCAGCAGCAGCAACAGUGCUACAAGGGCAUCCAUGAAUGAAAUGAGUGGACAUAGCAACAUAGGUUCAGAUUCACUUUCACUCUUGGGAGAAUCUGAUGAGUACUUGGAACAGGACGGCUACCUCGAGGAGGAGGAAAUGAUAUCAGGGGAAGAUGUAAUGCAAGAUACCAUUAACAGCAACAGACAUCAAUUAAAGAGGAGGCGGGUCUUCCGAGUCCCUAGAGAGCGACAGAGAGUAAAAGAUGCGGCUGGAGUGCUGUUUCGCUACAAGAAGAUCCUGCUUACAUACCAGCGUCUGAAAAACAUGUCGAAAGCUUUCCAAAUCCAUGGUGUGGACCGCAACACGGUGGCUUCCACCACACCCAUUGCUGAACUGCUACUAGUGGCCCCAGAGAAGGUGGCAGAGGUGGGCGAGUUUGAUCCAUCCAAGGAGAAGCUACUGGACUAUGCCCGGCGCUGCUACACUGCCCUGGAUGAGGAGACACUUAGCAGAGUGCAGGCCCUGAAGAAAAAUAACCUGCUCCUGCCCAUCUCCUACAGGUUUAGACACUGAGGAGAGAAAGACAGUGGAGUUGGUGGUUAAGUGUGGAGAGAAGAGGCAGUUAUUUUUUUCUGCAGCAGGCCAGCAUACCUCCAAGAGAUGCCGUGAGGCAGAAGGAAUUAUUUUGCUAUCUCAGUGUCCCGAUUAUGGCCAUGUAAACUGCGGCUGAGAUCCUUUACUAUUCAAACGAUUACACUUUUCCAAUUUCACUUUUAUUAUCAAAAGGGUGUCAGUUUCUUUGACAAAUCCUCCUCGCCAUUGUUCCAUAUUGAGGAUAUGGGAGUGCCUGCUGUAGUCGGAAAGGGAAAAAACAUGGUUCUCAUUGCUCAAAGAGCAAAAAUGGCAUGUCUGUGUGAUUUAGAAUUUGUGUACAAGAAUGUGUCUUUACUAUUGGGAUUAAAGAGGGGAUUGCUUUUCUUCAGUACUUAGCUGGUGUAAUCAUCUUAGCUCAUUCAUGUUUCAUCCUCAAUGUUCGCAGAGACACACAGACCAUUGCUUUCCUGAACAAAAUUAUGCUGCACUCCAUAGAUUUUGUAGAAUUAUACUGUAUGUUUAUAUUUCUCUGUGUGUCUUUGUUGUAUUAUUUUUGGCAUUGUCAUUAUAUCCUCAACUAUUUUCACUUGCUUUAAUGCAAUUUUUGUCAUGUCCUGGUGUGAGACAUGCAACAGUUUUGGUCCACUUUCACUCCCUGAACACACUACUUUUCCUUUCUUUUGGUUUAAAUGAGGUGAGAACUCUUAAAGAGUAGGACAUAUAACAAACUGACUAUAAAAUGUGUUUGUUUUUUUACAGUAACAUACACUUGUUUUUAGUUUAAAAUCAAAGACAGACAACACCUGUUGGUCUUGGGCCCAGUUUUAACUGCAAUACUGCUGCAUUACUCUGUUGUUCCACUAAGGGUUGUACCAAGCCUUUUUUGUAAAUGAUCCGCACUAAAAUGUUUCACUUCUUAUGCUUCUGGUAUUGAGGCUCUUGCUGUAAUGCAUUCAUGGCAACAAUACCUUUUGUAAAAGA